GCACGUAAGAUGAUUGUAUAAGCUCUGUUAUAUUGCAUCUAUCUUUAAAUUUGAAGUUAUAGAACAUAUUGAAAUUCAUAGUGAAAUGAUCUGGUAACAAAACGCUUUAAAUGUUAUUUUAUGCGUUUAUGUAAGUGACCCGAAGUGCUGGCGACACAGUGCCACAUGGUGACACCCGGGUCACAAUAGUUGGGCCACAGAUUACGGACGACAACAGAAUCCGCCCCCUUGGAUUUUAGUGUUGUGUACAGAGAAACGUUGACUCCCACAGACAUUUAAACAGCGCAUGCUAUCAGCGGUGAAUUGGUGUACUCGUUUUAUCCAGAGGGUGCACAGUUCAAGUUGAUAAAUAAAAUCUGCAGAUGUUCCGCUGACCACUAAGCAGAAACAGCGUUAGACAUCGAAGACCAAUUCCUCGCAUAGUAACGGUAUCAAGUAUAAACCUUUAACCUGAUCCUUAAAGCUGGAAAUUUCAAGAAACACCGCAAAUCAAACACUGUCGACACAAGAAGUGAUAACAAGUGCGAGACGGUGAAGAUGAAUAGGUUUUAUGGCAGAGUUGCAUGGUCCAAGUAAUCUCGACAUGGAAGAAGACUGUCUAACGCAAAAAUGUGGAUACCUGGAGAUCAAACAGUCAUCGAAAGUUCGAACGAGAAAACUUAAGACAUGGAAGCGGCGAUGGGUGGUGGUGACCAAGAUGUCGGACCUGGCCUCGGGUACCGUCAGUGCACGGGUGGAUGUGUGUGUCGAUGAGACGGCAUGGCGCACCCGCGGCGACAGAACCACCUUCGUGCUGGACGGCGUCACCACCCUGCAGCAGGCCUCCUCCAAAACCCACCCCUUCGCCUUCGAGAUCGUGGAGAACGAGGCCGUGCUCGUGCUGUCUGGUGCCUCUAAGGCCGAGUCGUCCACCUGGAUGGCCGACCUCAAGCAGAUCUUCUUUACAGACGCAGUCAUCCACCAGCAAGAUGUAUACUUAGUUGCCGUCCAACCCAAUGCAGACUCCCAGCGCGUUGGUCUCAGCGGUCAGUACAAGCUGAAGAUCAACGCAGACGGCAUGACCUUGCUGACCUCACCCCCGAACAUGUCGCCAGUCUCUCUCGGUAGACGCCCACCAACAGCCGCAAGAGGUCAGAGGUCACAGAGCCUUAGGAGAUCGGCGGGCUCCCCGCCUCCUUCGUUUGAGGAAGAGGCCAGCUUGGAGGACUUUGAUGAGAGCAGCGCCGUGGAGGUCCUCAGCUGGCGGUUGUCCAUGUUGAAGCGGUUCAACGUGGAAAAGGAAGGCAGCGCUGGGCAGUUGGCGUUCCUGGUGAUCGAAUGUGGACCCAACUCCCCGACAGGCGAGGGCACGUUUCGCUUCUCUAGCAAGGAUGCAGCCGCCAUUCUCCGUUCCAUCCGCCGCUUCAUCAGCAUCGCCAUGGCAACCAAGCAGCGCAUGCUGAGGUCCUCGGGGGAGGUGAGGGUCAGGACUGAGUCCACCACCGCUAGCUACCAGCACAUCCUGGACAGGUCAGGGCGACCCAGGACGGGCAGCGAGGAAGGAAGAGAGCGAGCUGAUGAGACUCCUCGCGCCGUCUUGAACAGAUCCGUGUCUAGCAGCUCCUCUUCGUCUACCCUGCCCAUGCCGGGAUCCCCUUGCCCUGACACAAGCGAGGAAGGCGCCGCCGCUGACGACGACGACGACAGUGCUCCGUUGGUGACGACGGCGACACCCAUCACCACCACCCAGCGAAAGUCGUCGGCAUCGAGUGGGAAUGACCCGCAUAACGAAACCAACGACUGGCAACAACAACACGAGCUGGUGUGGAACAAGCGCAGACGAGCAGGCAUGCCCAGGAAUAGCUCGGUGCCCAACGUCGUCACCCUGGCAACGGACGGAACUGGUUACAUCAUCAUCGAUAGAGAUGUUGGACGCAUGCGCACUUCCUCCAUGACGGUUGAGCGACCGCGCAACUCCAUGUCCGUGAGCUCGGGGGACUCAGGUGUGAUGGUGGGAGGUGAUGAGAUCGUCAGACGCUUUGAUGUGUCCGGGAGGCAGUCGGCAGGUGAACCACGAGUAGGCAGUAACUCCUUCGACAGUGCCGUGUCCAUGGACUCCUUUUCUGCUAGAAAGGUCAGCGAUGUGGACGUGGGUGAGACCAUACAGGAGUCCCCGUGUCUACCAUCUCUCCCCUCUCUGCUGUCUGAAGACAAGAUCACACCUACUGGCAGUUCUUCCCACAUUUACCAGGACAUCGAUAACUUGGGUCGCAGCAUCAGGCGGCGGGAGUCGGCGGGUGUGGGUCAGGAGAGGCGGCGCCACUCCACGGGGGAGGUGCACAAGGAGAACGAGUACGAGGAGCUGGAGACGCUCCGCAAAGGGGUGGGCAGCACGGCCAGCGUCAUCACCAUGGGAGACAAACCGCCAGAGUUACCCGCCCGCCCCGCCUCGCUGCUGACCCUUGGUAAGAGUAGGCGCAAGCAGGGAGUCAUAUCAACGGCCCUCAGCUUCUUUUCCAGUCAACUCGCUUCUGGAUCCGUUCCAGCAGAAACUUCAUUGACAAAGAAAGGUGAUCUGCGCUCUAGCACCGGAAGCAUCGACCCGUACACAAGCAUCUCGGAAGACGACCUCGAGGUCAGGUUAGCGCGCAGACGCAGAUCAUCGGACGUGACGCCAUAUGGGUCUUUGCGCGAGCAGCACCAUGGCAAGUCGCCUCAGGUCACCUCACGCUCAGCUCCAGCCACUCCGGCAGACACUCUGCCAGCGGGUGACAUUGCUUUCACCACCGAUGAAACAACACAGGCAGGCCAAUCCGGAACCUGCCAGAAAGAUCUUCUGUCUUUCUCGGACACCGACUUGUCCCAGGACUCCAGAGGGCGAGACGCUGGUCAAGACGCACAAAGCAGCACCAAGGCACUCCUGGACUUCUUUUUAGACGACCUUUCUUUCCAUUCGAAUCCUAUGGUGACGGGAGAACUCGUGACAGGAAUUCCCUCGGCGGCCAUGGUAGGCAGCACGGCCGAGGUCAGUUCAGAACGAGGCAUGGCGAUUCCACCCCGAGGCUGGUCUCAGCAACAUGGCUGGUCAGCACCUUCCUCCUUCCAGGCCAUGGGGCCAGCAGGCUGGGCGCAUUUCGCCGCCGAUUUUGGUGGCCACUCGCCUCUGUCUUCUUCACCUGCCACCCAAACAGGUUGGAGUACUGCCACGUAUCCGCCAUCUACCGCCGUGUGGCAUCCAUACCUCCCAUACCCACCCAACUCCUCCAUGGCUUCCAUGGCGCCGCUCAUGACUUCCACACCCAUGGCACCUGAUCUGACGUUCCUCACGUCUACACUCAUGGCACCUAAUCUGGCGGCAAAAGACAGCGGCAUCAGCGCCAGGGUGGCAGGGGUGUACAUCGACAUGAGCAGCGAUGGGAAGGUUGACGAUGACAGACUAGUCAUCGUUGACGAUUAUGUCAAGCCCGAUGAGGCCAACGAUCAUGAAGAUUCCUUGGACUUUCUGCUGUUUCAGUAGCUUGACAACCCCAACUACUUGCCGAACAGCUUGCCAGAGGUGACUGUGUUUCUUUCAAGUGGUGACCACGAGCUUUUGUUCAUCCCAGCUAAACACACACACCUUUAGUGAUGGGCUUCACCAAAACUUGGCACUACUCCUCUUUUUUCAUCUAGUAUUUUAAUUUUUGGACACCACUGGAACAGCCUCUAGCCUUCUGGUAGCCCUGCUUUAAAAAAAGAAAAUGAGUAGUUUUAUGUUAAGGUACGUUCUGGGAAGCAGUGUUUAGUUGUUUUUUUUCAAGCUGCUACUUCAAUGGGUGGUGAAAAUAGAGUUUGACUCAAGAUGUUUGUAACCACACAAAGGAAAGUUUGAUUCCUUCCUGGGUAGAGACAAUUUUCUCAUUUCCAAUCCCAAUCCAAAAUGUUCCAAUAGUCAAACCAGUUAAAAUCAUUCCAAUCUUUGAUAUACAAAAGCCCCAUUAGCAAAAUCAAGGCAACCAGACAUUUAAGACUGUACUAUGCUACUAAUUUUGGGCCUGUACUGUGAUGUACUUUACUUUUAAGUGUCAAAGUAAGACAUCUGCUGACAAGUUCUUCAGAAAAAAAUUGUAAAAGAUUUUUGCUGUUGUGUUAGUACUUCUCCUAUAACAACUGAACUUGUGUAGUAGAGCUUCAUGAUACUUCUAUUAAAGUUGUGGAGAACUUUUGAACUAGAUUCCUAUUGUUGAAUAUGCUUAUGAAUUAAAAAAACCUGCCAUACUACUUCGCAAUAUGUAUGGUUACAAAGGGCCAUUAGACAAAGUACAGGUCUGGUCUGAUUGAAGCAUUAAAAGUACGUUUGUAAUAAUA